CGAUCGUCACCUACAAGAAACCCUCAGACGACGCAGCAAACACAUCAACACCCCCGCGAGCGAGUGUGACAAGAGAUGGCCGAAGAAGACCCGACCCGCCCGAUGGCGCCAGCCGGACCCCGCCCCCGGAGCGACGACGACGUGGAGCUCGCCUCCUUCGCCAAGUUGCAGCCGCCCCCCCCUCGCCGCAACCAGCGGCGGAGCAGCAAGUGCUUCGUCUACGCCCUCGCCCUCAUCGUCGUCCUCUGCGCUGCCUUCCUCGGGUUCGCCCUCGCGGUCCUCCGCGUCAAGACCCCCGAGCUCAGGCUCCGCCGCGUCGACGUCAAGGCCCUCAACUACUCCACCACCUCCUGGCCGGCUUCCUUGAGCGCGACGCUGGUCGGUGAGGCCGUCCUCAGGAACGCGAACUUCGGGGGGUUCGAGUUCUCGAACGGCACGGCGGUGAGCGUGAUCUACGGAGGGGUGGCGCUGGGCGGAGGGAAGAUCGACGGAGGGAGGGCGAGGGCGAGGGAGAGGGAGAGAACGGCGGUGAAGAUGGAGGUGAGGUCGAGCGAGCUGGCGGCGGACGUCGACGGGAGCAAGAACCUGACCGGCGACGUCGGUUCCGGGACGGUGAAGCUCACGAGCUACGCGAAGAUGAGAGGGAGAGUGACGGUGUUGGGGUGGAUCAAGAGGUGGCGGACGGCGGAGAUGAACUGCACCAUGAGCCUCCAACUACCCGACCGGAUCGUCCGGGAUUUACGGUGUAACUAAUGGUGGCGUUUUCUUUCUUUCUUUUGUAUAUUUUUUUGGCCUUGGGCAUGACGCCCUUAUAAUUUACGAGAAUCAAAUUGGAUCGUCAAUAUUAAGGGCAUGAUGUUCUAGGGUAUAGCAGUCUAGCCCCUUAUUUAAACUCCCAUUCUCGUCACGCUAGCUUGUAAAUUAAGUUUGUCCACCAUUUUUGGUAUUCAAAGCUAGCUUCGACUGUAUUUUGUUGUUGCAUGAAUCAUCGUAUAGUAAGGACAUAAGCUACGCUAUAUUUUGCUCAA